GCCCAAUUCUCCUACUUUUCUCUUUCCACUGCGUCCUCCAUGUACUCCACAAGGGAAGAUGAAUCUAGCUCGUUUAGCUCAUCGAUUACUCUGGGGUCAACGCCCAAUUUCGGCCCGACAAGCUUCGUCGUCUCUUGCAGACAUAGUGCGUCGCGGCGAGUUUCGGUCCCUGGAGGAUGAAGCGGUGGUGCAGCUCCUGCAUCGGAGCUUUGCGACCGAAAUCGCCCGCUUGAAGCGCGUGCCCACUCGUCCAGGCGAGGGAGAUGGCAGCGUCCCCCCCGGCACCCUGGUUUGGGCGAGUGGGAAGGAGAAAAAUGACGAGAGGCUCACUCCCUCUCGUCUUUUGUUCCAAGAAGAUUUCUGUGAGGUAAACCGCAGCAUCACCAACGUGCUGGCUGUGAAAUGGUUGAUGAGCGAUCAAUAUGAGGUCUUUACCGCCCACCAACCCUUGGCCAGCCGGCUUUCUGUGGAAACGUUUCGGGCCUUUCGUUCUGACGCACAGUCCGUCCUUGACGAUCCGGAACAGUUGUUGGCCUUGAUUGUCGCCCUGGUGGUGGGCGAUCUUGGGAAAGAUCCCCAGCUGGCACGUGACAUGCCCGCUUCACAGGGGCGAUGCAAUCACGAUGAGCUGCUGGCCCAAGCAGUAGAUCUAGGCUUCUUAGACGGUCCUUUAGGGCUACUGGGGCCCCCACAACGGGAAGAUGUGAUCUUGGGGAUUCAAGUAGGGGCCACGCUGAAUCUCCCACAGCUCUUGCAAGGGGAGAACGUCCCCGCGAGCUUGCAGGCCAUUUUCCGAUUUCAGAGCCACUCGUCCGCCUUUUUCCUGAAAUAUCUGGAAAUCAUGUUCGACGUCGCCGGGUCAGCCGCUCAUCUGGACGCACGGGGCGCCAUCACCAUGACCGAGCCGGUCUGUCAGUCCUACCUGCAGGCACUCCCCAUACUCCAAGAAGUGGUCGCCGGUCGCACCUCGCUGCGACAAGCCUACGAUAAAAUCCUGCACCGCCGCGGCCAGAUUCUGACCGAGCAGGGCUUCCGACAACUAUGCCCCGGUCACCCUGCCGAUCGGGCGUUACUUCGUCUUCUGGCUAUGGGCCGCGUGGCGGACCGAGAUCUUGCUGAGAAAUUCCAGCAGGCGUUUGCAUCCCUCUCGGAAGAAACGCGCGACGCUCUGGUCCGGGGACUGAACGUGGACGGCCAUGGCGAUGGAACUGCGGUCGUGCUGUAUUACAUGCCGUCCGUCUUUGCCGAGGCGCUCCGCGCCAGGCACGACGGAUCUUUUGAAGAUUAUGUCGCCGCGUUGCAGAGCAUUAUGCGCUUCAUGGCCCGGAAUCUUGAAGCGCCGUCAUCCGCCUCGGAUCCCGAGGGUGAGGUCCCGAUCCGCGAGCGCGAUGUCUCGCCGGUCAGGGAGAUUGUUUCGAGUGCGCAAUUCCGACGGGAUCCGCAGAUUCUCGAUAAUUACAAGUUACCGGAGUUGUCGAAUCGCAGACGGGGCUGAUGGGCUGGAGGCGUCAACAUUAUGUUUGGAGCAGUACUUUGAUACCCGUUCGAGCUUUUCGUCCGGAUGCAAGGCGUUCGGAAUGAUUACCACAAAGAGAAUAUAGCGUAAUGGCUUGUCCAAACCGUUUAGAUUUACUGUCUUGCUGUGGAGUAGCAGGAGGACGAAUGGCACAGUCCAUCAUCGACCAAAAAAAAG